UUAUAACGGUCGCGCAUUGAGUUUUUUUCCUAACUGUAGCCAGUGCUUGGGAGCUAGCACUGCAGCUAGCAUCAUGUUAUAAAUGCUUUAUGGAAGAUGUUAUUUUUCACUCGUGAUGAAAGUCUAGCGCAGGAGCUGUGACGUUGCAGGUCUUUCUUCUGUGCACGGCAGCGUUCGUGCGGUUUUACAGACGCCAAGCUGAGCGCGGACGAGUUAGCAGCCUCACUAGCAUAACAGUCAUUUGACGACGUGUGGUGCGACCAGUUAGCAAUGGUGCAGGGACGGGGAGCGUCAUCAGAGCCAGGUGGAGCCGAUGCGUGCGAUCGCCCCAAACCAUACCAGCUUCACGAUGCUGGCGAAUACAAAAGAACAGUCUGUCUGUUCAUCUGGCAAACAAAACAUACCUUCCACCUGCAUGAACAACUAAAAUGGUGAGAUGAGAGUCCUGUGUGACAGACUUCUUUCAAAGAACUGGAUAUAAUCCCUAAAGAAGAUGGAGAAGUCUCCUCAAUUGUGCAUCUCUGAAUCUGGCGCCAAAGAGGCUCUGGAGGAUCAGGAGGAAGAGGGGGACGAGGAGGACGAUGGUGAUCGCAACCACAACAACAUUUCUCAAGGUGAAACUAAUCUGGACCAGUCUGUGCACCCUGACCCUUACAAACAUCCCAAUCAGCAUACAGAUAGAGCCUGGGACUCUUUUGAUUGCCAGUACUGUGAGAAACAUUUUACCAGCAAACAAGGGUUAGAACGACACACGCAGAGUCAUGCUGUGGCAAAUGAAGAGACACAAGCAUACAAAAGCAAUAAGAGCAUCAUUUCUUUUGCUUCAACAACAUUUCAGUUGCAGAAUGAGGAGUUGAAGUCUCUGGAUCUUGGAGGCUCAGUUAUACAGCAUCAUACCUCACCAUCCAUUAACUUUGAUAUGUCCACCACUUUGUCAUGUGGAGACCAUGCUGCUCACCCAGACAAACAAGGAGCAAUGGACGGCCAUCAUGCUUGCAAAUAUUGUGACAAGAUUUUUACUACAUACACCAACAAGCAACGGCAUGAGCGCAGGAUACACAUGCAGCACCUGCAACAAGUGCACAGAGAAAAUAAACAACUGCCACGGGAGAAAAAUCUUCACAAAAACGUCAGUGAAACAUCUCAACGGGAAGAGCAGAUUCCUGAUAAUGCCAUGCCUGCAGCUGCUCUGGAGAAUGAAGGGGAGCACACAGAACAGUACAUGUUGGAUGUCUCCAACAAUAUUUCAGAAAAUCUCAGCUUCUACAUUGAUGGAAAAAUCGUGUCAACAAGUACAGUUAGUAGCUGUGAGGCAGCAGAUGUUCAUUUGGGGUCUUCAGCUUUACUGGAUGCUCUUUUUCUAGACCCCACCCAAAUUAGUCAGGUUUUAAAUAAUGAUUCAGUUACAUCCAAAGAUGUACCUGGUCAACCGAUGGCUAGGAGACGAACUGCAACUCCACCACUUUUGCCACAGAUUAAAACUGAGCUUGAAUGUGAGAUGGCAGUGUCUUCAUCAUCAUCAUCAUCAUCUCUUGCAUCUUCCCUAAUUGAGAGUGUUCUUCCCCAGAAUACAGAGUCUACAGUAGUGCAGAAUGAAAGAACAGUAUUUCUGUCUCCUAAACUGAAGCAACUUCUGGAGAAGAAGGAUGGCCUCAAACCCACACUUGCCCUGAUCACCGAGGGACAGAAGCCUUGUUCACCUGUCUCCUUUUCUGUCCUACCUGCAGGGACAGGAAAGUUUAAAAGAAGAACUGGAUCUCCUACAAGCUCUCCACAGCAAAGCCCUUUGUGUCAUGAAGAAAUGCCAACACCAGAUUCAAGAGAUGUUGACACUGUAAGUACAGGAGAGAUGGAGCCCCACCAUGCCUCGCUUGUGUGCCAACCAUCCAAUGACAAGUAUAACAAAACUCCAUCUGUGGAAGAACAGGUAAAAACUGAGACUUGGUCCAUCACAGGAGGCAGUUCAUGUAACCAGCAACCACUGGAUCUCUCUAACACAGUUAAGAGAAAAGAAGACAUAGCAUUAGUGAACGCUGUGCUUGAUUUAAGUUUGCAAAAGAAGAACCUAGGUGAAUCUGAACUAAAAUUAAAGUCACAAGAAGAAAAAUCAAAUGUGUGCACGUUGGAAAAAGCCAUUCUUGGAGAACAGAACGUAAACCUAGAGAAUCCUGAGACUCCUCUACUCACAGACUUUACCCUACUCACAAGUUCGGAUUUGGUGACUUCAGUUGAGCCUGUUGCCGUUUAUGGACUUGCCCUACCUCCCACCUCUCUGGCUCCAUCGCCUGCCUCCCUUACCCCUGUUGGGUUGCAGCCAGCUUCGCCAUGCACUAUAACAUUUGCUUCUCCAGCUUCGCAUACCAUGCUCCCUACUGCUCCCUCCUUAAUCACAGUUUUGUCACCAUCUGUCUCUAACCCAACCCAACCAAUCCAGGUAUUGGGCCCUAAUAUAUCCCCCAAACCCUUGGUCAUCUGUGCAGGAAAUGCAUUAAAUUCAUCUGACUGUGAUAUAACUACUGCAUUUGCCACAGCAAGUACUCCAAACCUUGUCACUCUUUCCCAACCAUUAGAUUCUACACUAAAUCUGCCUGGUCAUGUGUUUCUGACAGAUCAAAUUACUAUUAAUCCAACUUUAGCUGAGUCAGCUUCUGCGUCAGAUGUGCCGUUCACAUCCAAUGUAACUUUAAAUGACCCCCUCAUCAACUCUUACAAUAUUACCAGCAACACAAUGUUGAUUGAGUGUACAAUAGCUCUUGAAACUCCAGGGAGUGUAGUUCCCACUGCAAUUACUUUCCAAGAAAACACUGUUGAGCCACCAGUGGCAACACAGAUGGUUGUUAAUCACAUAGACCAGCAGCAGAUUGUGCCUGAUCCUCAGACUGUGGACCCCACUAUUAUUUUGUCCUCCAUUGCAGAAUCAGUAACUCUGUCCACCACGUCGUCAGUGGUGUCUGAUGAGCCUCCUGUGGUUGAAUCAAGCCCUAAUACGGAGCCUGUUGCUCGGACAGAGCCACCAUCAACAAAAGAGGAGGGACCUAAAGACGUUUCUGCUUCCAUACUUGAUAUCCAAUCUGAUCCCUUACAACCGUCAGAGAAACCUGAAGAGGAAAAUUUGUCGAACCCCUCACCCAGCGGUGCACAACAGCAGACGUUCACCAAAAACUUUGUCUGCAAUGUGUGUGAUAAGCUUUUCCACUCAAUGAAAGAACUUGGCCAUCACGUAGGUGACCAUGCAGAUGAGUGGCCCUACAAAUGUGAAUUCUGUGUGCUGCUCUUUGACAAGCCCUCCGCUUUACUUGAUCAUCGAUCCAGCUUACAUGGGGUCGGAAAGACCUACGUUUGCAGUGCAUGUACGAAGGAAUUUGUCUACCUUUGCAAUCUGAAACAGCAUCAGGAGGAAUUGCAUCCUGGCCAGCAGUGCACACACACUGAAGAUGAAAAGGGGAAGCUAAGACCUCAAAAUUACAACUCCUCGAAAGUCAGUAUGGAGCCUUCAUUGUCCGAUGCUCCACAGGAACUCAAGAAGGAAGUUAAAAAGGAAGGUGGUGAGGAAGAGAUGGCUGCCGAAGAACUUUUUACAAGCAUAAAAAUCAUGGCUUCAGAUGGGAGCAAAAUUAAAGGGCCUGAUGUUCGUCUGGGCAUUAAUCAACACUAUCCCAGCUUUAAGCCGCCUCCGUUUCCCUACCACAACAGAUCCCCUGCUGCAUCAGUGGCUUCAGCCACCAACUUUACCACCCACAACAUCCCCCAAACCUUUAGUACGGCUAUCCGUUGUACAAAGUGUGGAAAGAGCUUCGAUAACAUGCCAGAACUACACAAGCAUAUCCUAGCGUGUGCAAAUGCUAGCGAUAAAAGGCGGUACACGCCCAAGAAGAAUCCCAUCCCUCUACGGCACUUUGCAAAAACUCAGAAUGGAGUAUUGUCCACGACUAAUUCUACUAAUGAACUAAAUGCUUCGAACAGAGCGAGUCACUCAAACAGGUCCAAACUUGGUCAAGAAUCAUCAGUAAAAUUGAAAUUCAAAGUACUCAACAAAAGGAAGAAAAAGUUAGUUCACAGGCUUAUGCCACAAAGGAGCAAGUCAGUCAGUGCAUCAAAUAAAGUAUCUGGACAAGUGGAUGAGCAGCAGGAGGUGUUUGUCUGUCCACACUGUAACAGGGAGUUCUCGAUGCGCCGCAGCAGAACCAAACACAUGGCAGUGUGUCCCAAGAAACCAAGGGAGGUGAAGAAGAGGAAGCAAGGAGGUCCCUCUGUAACCAAGGAAAAUGAUGGUCAUCUGCAUAGAGGGGGGUCUCACGCUGAAGAGACGCAACAAGCCUCGUCUCAGCAUAAAACACGGCUGCAGAUGUCUGGACCUGCAAAGAGGCCUGCCAUCCUGCCAGGCCAGACUCUCUUCUCUAACAAAAGGAGUAAAAUAAUCAUAAAAGAGAGCACGCAGGCAAAACCAGAGGCGCCCACUCUCGGCGAUCUCCCCAUCGUUCGUACUUUCAACCCGUCUAUGCGCCAGUACGGCCGCGUGCAGCACGGCACCAAAGGACUUCCCAUAAAAAUCACCCUAGUGAAACCGCAGACGGACGAGGUGGCGCACGCCCAGAGCCGAGGACAAGCAGCGGGAGCCGUCGCCAGCAGCCCUGAGAGCAGCGCUACGGCUUAGAGAUGACGCAGCUACUGUACGCGCCAGCAGCGGAUCAGCAGGACCGUGCUGCAUGGGUCUCUCCGUCUGCUGUCCCCCUAAAAGAACGUAACUGCUGAUCACACUGUAAAACACACGGGUUGCAUUACACUGUAUAAAAAGUGACUUAUUUCUGGAUGGGUAAUACAACUAAGGUACUGCAGUGAGUGGAUGUGUAACUGAGUGUUUGUGUGCUUUUUGUAGUAGCUUGGAGUUUUGUAGACAUGUCUGGUAAACCUUCUGUCAUCAGAUUUGCACUUUGAAGUUAACCUCACCGCUUUGUGUCACAAAUUGGAAAUGGAAUGGGAGGACUUUGGCUGGAAAGGCUGCUCCCAUUGCUUAAGUGGUCCAUAGAGGAAAAAAUGGCAGGUGGCAAUCAUGUUGCGCAUGCGUUUGCACUUCUCCUUAUCUGUUGUCUGUGGCCUUUUGGUUUGGACUUAAUGCAUGCUGUGAGCUUGCGCUGCAGGUACGUGAUCUAUGAUUUAUAUAUUUUUUUAUUUUAUGCAAUCAGGCCUUAAUUACUUAAUCUGUUUAAUUACAUUCAAACAAAAUCAGACACAGGCAAGUAAACAGUCAAAAUUCUUAUUUGACAUAUUGGAAGUAUUAAUUAAUAUAUAGAAUAUUAGUUUAACAUUGAGAUUAACUUAACAUUUAAUGCUGUAUUUUUCAGUUUACUUGCAUUAAAUCUAUUCAGCCUUGCUGCUCUGCAUAUGCAAGAAUAGGAUACUAUUGUUAAUGUGCCAUGAAUGUAAUUUAUAUAAUGUGAUUAAAGAAGACAUGAACAUGAUGAAUAAACAUAAUUCUGUGUUUACAACAUGAAAAGGCCCAACUAAAAAGAUUCCACAGACCUAUUUGUAUGCAUUAAUCCAGUUAUACUGUAUAUUCAAAAAUCCUCUCUGUUCUCUGAGAUUGCAAUAGUCCUUCAGAAAAGAAAUCCAUUAUAUUCACAGGAUUCCAGUUUGUUUUUGGCUUUAGUUUGCACUUCUUUAACCACCGUGUGUUUUUGAUUGUCUGUAAAUCUUCACAGUAGAAGUCUGUUACUUGUCUUGCUAUGCGUAGCAUACAACCAUUUAACCAUCGUUUAGAAUCUGUGUAACAGUCGUCAAUAGUUUAUUGUGUAAUGGGUAUAAAAAGACAAAUAGGAAAUGGAUCAAUUAUGGGGUGGUUGCUUAAACCCUGUAGUGAUGUGCACAUAUGUGUGGCAAGUUGUCACCGAUCUGAAAGAGUGAGCGGGUCCGAUUUAGUUUAAAUGUUUAUAAGCAGCUAGUUUGAUGAUGUAUUGCUUUACAGGGUAAAUAUUACAUUAUGAAUGAACUGAAUUAUAUUAAUUUGGGCAGACUAAACGGUGUCUGUAAUCUAUUUGAGAGAGAGGGGCUGAGUAAUGGUACUUCUCUGAUCAUUUUGCCUUUUCAGCUCUAGCUGGGUACGUCCCUCAUUCAGACUGCAGAGUGGUGGAUGUACUACAGUUGUUGGGGAGACUGUUAUUUAACUGUGAAACGUGCUUGUAAAACUUGAUUUAUGUAUAUUUAAUAAUUUAAUGGUUGAGUUACUCUGUAUGAUUUGCACUAAGGUUUGUUUUUCAGGCAAGUGUUGGAAAUAAAUGGAGAAUGUUACAA